GCAUACUCCUCUUGGAUGAAUAAUAUUAGAGAUUUGCCUCAUCUACUUUGUCUUUACAUUUACACAUUUUCUGUUGGGUUUGUGGAGGCUUGGGCUUGACUUUUGGCCCGGCCCAUGUUACGAAACCCUAGAUGCACUCUUCCUAUAUAUAUUGCAUUCUUGUACUUGUAAUCGGCACCACAAGUGAAAUAAGAAAAUCCUCAUGUUGCAGCCGUGGAUUAGGGAAACCGAACCACGUUAAAUUCUUGUGUGUCGUUUAUGUUCCGUUUCUCUCGUUUCUCGCAGAUAUUUGUGUGUUGUGUGGUUUAAUUCCCAACAAGUGGUAUCGGAGCCAGGUUCGUCAACACCGGAAAUCCGAUGAGCAGAAACUAAUCAGAGAGCAGUGUCACCUUGUGUGCAAUAGCAGGAGCCUGUGUUUGGGCCGCUACCCACGGAGCACUGCCGCAGCAGGAAGUAAGUCCCGUGAGACUCACCGCUGCCGCCUUCAAUCAAGCAGAACCAGACCGUCGCCGUUGCUGGUUCGAGGGGGACCGCAGCAAGCCAAGGAGCCGCUACCGCCGUACCAGCGCAGGAGCAGCCGCUGAGUCACCGCUGCCGCCGUCGAUCUCCCUCUGCCGCUGGUUCAAAGGAAGGUGAGAGGCUUGGGAAGGUUGUUCGCUGUCAUCCGCGAACUGUCGUAGCCUCCCCUCGUCAAGCCGUCGCCGUCCAGUACAGAUCGCCGCCACCGUUUGCCUUCCGACCGCCGCAUGCAGGAGCAACGGUAGAAGGAGCCGCCGUGUGGAGGAGCUGUGGCCGCCAUCGAUUGUAGAUCCUGAACCGCCGCCGUCCUCAGUCGAAGCUGCUGGUUUGAGCAGUCUCCAGCUGCAGUGUCCAGAUUCAGAACCUUCAUUCUGCAGUGACCAAAAGGAAAUUUUUUCUUUUGGCAGGUACUGUUCAAUCUUUUAUUGAGUGGAGUAUUUUAUGUGGACCGUGAUAUAUGGGAGGUGGUGUGAUUGUAUUUUGAUGAAAAGGAAAGGUGGGCCGUGAUUUGUGGGUGGUGGAGUGAUUUUUUGAAGAAAAAAAAAGGUGUGGGGGCCAUUGUGGAAUUUUUGGUGUUGUGGCGUGAUUAUUAGUGGUGGGUGAAUAUUUUUGGGUGGUUUCAAUUUUUAAUGUCCUAGAUAUCUUAUCUGAUAAAAAUAUCAAGAUCUGAAAUUAGUUGUACCGGAUAUCUUAUCUUGUCGUUGGAGAUGACAGAAGAUGGGAAGUUUCGAAUUGAGAAGUUCGAUGGUACAGAUUUCAGUUGGUGGAAGAUGCAAAUUGAAGAUUUGCUGGUUCAGAAAGAUUUGGACGUGGUUUUGGGUGACAAGCCAGAAAAAAUGUCGGAUGCAGAUUGGGCAGUUUUGGAUCGGAAAGCAAUGUCCGUGAUCCGUCUCUCGUUGACCAAGAAUGUUGCGUUCAACAUUCUGAAGGAGAAGACAUCGAAGGGAAUUAUGGAAGCGUUGUCUAACAUGUACGAGAAGCCAUCUGCAGCUAACAAAGUUUUUCUGAUCAGAGAGCUGGUGAACACAAAAAUGAAAGAAGGCACUUCAGUUACCGAGCAUAUCAACAAGUUGAAUUCGAUCUUAGCCAGACUUUUGUCAGUGGGCAUUAAGUUCGAUGAUGAAGUUCAAGCUUUACUACUGCUAUCGUCUUUACCUGAUAGUUGGUCCGGAACGGUUACAGCGGUUACCGGUUUAGUGGGACCUGAUGGAUUCACCUUUGAUCAGAUUCGAGAUCUCGUUCUUGGCGAGGAUGUCAGAAGAAAGAGUUCAGGGGAGUCAUCGGGUGAAUUGCUUCAUGUUGGUAGAGGCAGAAGAAAUAGCAAAGGUAGUGGGAGCGGAAACAGACGAAGGAGUCAGUUGAAGACUCGCGACAGCUCAGGUGUAACGUGCUGGAAGUGCAAGGAGGUAGGGCAUUUUAGGAAUCAAUGCCCGAAUGACAAGAAAGUGAACAUUGCUGAAGGUUCUGCAAGUGACGAGGAAGUCACUCUGACUUGCUGUGAGGAAAACAAUGUGAAUUCUUGGGUCAUGGAUUCUGGUGCUUCAUUUCAUGCUACCCACAGCGGUGAAGCAUUGCAGAAUCUGGUUAUUGGAGACUUUGGAAAGGUACGACUUGCGGACGAUAGAGCUCUUGAGGUGACGGGCAUGGGUGACAUAGUGCUGAAGACCCCAGUCGGUUUCUGGACUUUGAAGGAUGUCAGAGUUGUUCCAGCCUUAAAAAAAAAGAUUGAUUUCUGUCAGGCAGUUGGACGAACAGGGACACGAGGUGAAGUUCAGAGAUGGACAGUGGAAGGUCGUGAAGGGAAAUCUUGUCAUGGCCCGUGGAAAGAAAAGAGGUUCGCUGUAUAUGGUCGAGUUACCAUCUGAGGGAGUGACCGUCCCAGUUCAGAAGAGAAACAAAGUCUGGUUCUCAGAGUCUCGUGGGCAGAAUAAGGUUGUCUAUGCAAGAGAGAAACCUAGAGCCACAUGUCAGACUCAGGAUGAAUGAGCGAAGAAAGGUUCAAGGAGGCCAGUCAGAGGUAUUUGUGGCAGUGGGAGCUCAAGAGGCGCUUCAGCCAAGUUUCCUAGAAGACAGUGGGUCAAGAGAACCAGUAUUCCAACUGUUGGAACAUCUCCAGAAAAUUUCUUGCUGAGUACGGAGAGUGUUUGUUCUCACGAUGUUCCAGGAUCCGGUAGUGUGCAUCUGCAGUGGGAGCCGGUAGGGACCGAGGACGAGUCAUGGGCAGAUUUAGCCAUGGCUGAUGUGUUGGAGCUUGGGAGAGCUUUAACAGGCCUUUCAGUUGUCUGAUGAGAGAGCCGGUGCAACAGGAGAGCUGAGGAAGAUUACUCGAUGUACAGGCAAUCGUGGCGGAUGGCAGUUGAUGACUAUCAAGCCUCCAAGUGGGAGAAUGUUGGGUUUGUGGAGGCUUGGGCUUGACUUUUGGCCCGGCCCAUGUUACGAAACCCUAGAUGCACUCUUCUUAUAUAUAUUGCAUUCUUGUACUUGUAAUCGGCACCACAAGUGAAAUAAGAAAAUCCUCCUGUUGCAGCUGUGGAUUAGGGAAACCGAACCACGUUAAAUUCUUGUGUGUCGUUUGUGUUCCGUUUCUCGCAGAUAUUUGUGUGUGUUGUGUGGUUUAAUUCCCAACAUUUUCAAGCCUAAUAUACUCAGUUUUCCCUCUUCUCUUGUGCCCAUAAACUGUUUGAUACUAU